CGCGCAGAAUGUAGAGGAGAAGACAUUGUCAUUGACGAAAAGUCUACAAAUGUGAUGUGUCGAAAAACGUCAAACGUGUGAUCUCACGUAGCAGGCUUUCAAGUCUAUGAACCGACCAGUAUUGGCUUUAAAUCAAAGUCAUUAGUAUCAGAAAAAGUCGGUUUGUUGCCGCUGAAUAUUUCAGUUAUUUGCCAAGAUGGCGGACGACCCAGACACUGAAAGCAGUUUGAGGCAUGCCAGCUCUAUUAUUGUGAAAACUGCAGAUGGAGAUCGCGAGAUACAGCUGCUGUUUGGAGAUAUUACCAAACUUUCGGUACAAGAGAAAGUAGACGUUAUAAUGGUGUCAGCGUUUCCAGGUGAUUAUAUCCCAUGCCAAAGAUCACUGAUAGGAGCUCUCAAACGCAACCUGGAUAUCAGCGUCAAACACCUGGCCAGAGAUAAAGAGGAAGAUCUGCGAGCUAAUUUCCACUGUUGGUGGUCAAAGUUGCUUCCAUCACACCUGCCAUACAGGAGGUUACUGUGUUUUGAGCGUACCAUGAAAAGUACAGGUCACCCGGCGGCGUUGGUGGGGGACGUCUUUAGAUGUCUGGUGGCUGUGUUUAACAACAAGGAAAGCACUGUGAUAGCUCCACUACUAGCAUCUGGAGUCCAGAGCUUUGAUCCCAAAAUGAUGUUGAAAGCCAUGCUAGAUGCGGCUGUCAACUGGAUAAAGGCGGGACUACCCAUGUCCUGCCUGAAGUUGGUGGUAUUUGCCCAUCGUCCUGACGAGAUCAACCUAGAGAAACAUGAACUGUGGAACGUAUUUGAGAGCUUGAAGAAGAAGUAUGAAACGGUUACGAUGAUGCCAGAGGAGCCCCAGAUCAGGUAUGACAUCUACCUGUCCUAUUCCAUAGAAGACGAAGACAAAGUCAAGCAGAUAGAGGGAGUGCUGAAGGAGGAAAAGAAAGAUAUCCGUAUAUUUUCUCAGGUGCAGGCGCUCCGUGAGGACCAGGUUUGGCAGCAGGAGAUCUACGAGGUCAUGAUAACAUGCGUAAGAGUGGUGACAUUCUUGAGCCCAGCAUUCCUGGCGUCUCCGGAAUGUUUGGAGAAGUACAACCUGGCUGUCUGCUGCAACAGGAAGACAGCACGCCACCUGUUGGCUCCUUUCUACAUCGAGUCCAUACCAACCUUCCCCACGUACAUGUGCCUGGUGCAGUACAUGGACUUCAGGACCAUUGACACCAAGCCUCAGAGUGUGGUCCAAGGCUGUAAGACAUUUGUCAGUCUCCUCUCAGCAAAGGAUAUCACAGGGCAGCAAAACCACCAGCAAGCCCAUACUAAUUACGAUUACGAUGUUUUUAUCUCCUAUUCCCACAAGAACACAGACAAAGCCAACUUUUUCUUGAACACCCUCACAAGACUGAAUCCUCAUCUGAGAAUAUUUUAUGACAGGAACGAACUAAAAGCCGGCACAUCAUGGCAGCAGAUGUUGUAUCACUCAGUGGAUGGGUCAAAGUGUGUCAUUGCUCUGUUCUCUCCUACCUACCUCACCUCAGCUGUAUGCACAGAAGAGUACAACCUGGCCUUGUUAAAACAUAUGGGAGAGGCAAUAGAUGCUAUGGGCGACGCCUUCCAAUCUGUUGCCAUAGCAAUAUGCAAAUCAGUUGUGUCAUGGCUGAAGACAGAGGAGAUGAAUGAUCUGGUCUUCAACAAAGUGCCGGUACCACUGAAUGUUUCAAAGAUACUUGAGACGCGCAGACUGCACUACUUCAAGGAAAGACUAGAACUUUAUAACAAUCAAACAAAGGCUAAAUAUAAUGAGAAAAGUGAGCAACCACAGUCAGAUUCCAAAGAAAAUGACCCACCUAAGGCAGAAAAAACAUCGCCUGAGGAAGCAGCAGCUGUGGGGAUAGAUGUGGCGCUCAGUUAUACUGAAUCUGAGGAGCAAUAUGGGCAAGCAUUGAAAAAGAUGCUGCACCUGAAGGCGCCUUGGGUCAAGGUCAGUAAAAAGAGCCAAUCAAAAGCUGAAGGCAGUGCAAGUGCGGAACUGACAGCCAUUGACUCUGCCAAAGUCGUCGUAACCUUUUUAUCACCUUCUUAUCUCGAAUCCAGCAUCCAAGUGGAAGAACUCCAGCUUGCUUUGUUCCGUCAAAGAGCAGCCAAAGAAGCUCAUAUUCUAUAUCCGAUCCAUAUUUUACCAUUACCCAGGAAGCCAUGCUAUCUUCAUGUUGUGCCGUGUGAGCUUGCGCUGUACGAUUUACUUUGGCGAAACCAGCUUGAAAAGAAAAUGAAAAGGAAUGACUAUGGUAUGAUUGAUUGGGAUGCCUCUGUUCCGUACUUUGGCCUUGACCUUCAGACGGUGGAGAGAUACGUGAAAGGCAAGAACCCACUGAAGAGAGUCGCAGACGAAGAAAUGCUGGCUCUUUCCCUGGCCUGUAAUGACAUUGUUGACAUACUGUCACAAAAGAGUACUGGUCAGACACAUCCAGUUAUUGCCAACAUCACUCAGUUAGAUAUGGAAAAUGUGGACACUCUGAAGAAUACAGUGCAUGACAAAAUACCACAGGAAAUGAUAAUGAAGGAGAUCCCAGUAAUGGCCGAACCAGAGAACAACACAGAGAAGAAGGUGCACUUCAAGUCCGCAGCAACAGCAGUAGAAGUGGUCAACACAGCAACCAAAAAAUCAAGAACCUGCUGCGUCUCAUAAUUUGUUAGUCAUAUGGGUGAAAGGUGUGGUUACAUUGGAGAUAGGUAUGUUCUUCUUAGAAAGGCAUAACUUGGACAGCAGCCUCUUAAGUGGAAGGGGAGGGGGGCUGUGGGGAUAAAAGAAAUUCACAGGACUAUUGUGAACCAGCAGAUAAGAGCAGUAAUACAUCCACAGGGAUGUAAAAUUUGUUUUUUGUUUCAAAUUGCUUAUUUUACUAUGGUAAGAACAGAGGAUCUGCAGAGCUGAAGGAGAGGACACAUUUCAAAUGCAGGUGCAGAUCUAGAGAUAUUUCCUGAUAAUCUUCUUAAUUAUCUGUGUUGAUCCGUCCUCCAUUUUUGACCGUCUUCUACUGAUGAAAUUAGAUGCUCAUCAAUGUAAACUUAAAAUUCUGGAAGACCAAGAAGAUGGCCUCCAUCUUCCCCUGAGAUGUGCCCUCUGCUGGAUCUGCAGCUGUCUUAAGCUGUUCUCACCACAGACAUCAGCUGUCAACCUUCU